AUUUUAUUAUGUUUUAUGUCAUUUGUUAUGAGCAUAUGCAGGAAAUAUGAAUGAUUUUUUUUAGGAACGAAGGACCUUCAGCAGUUACAUGUGAUCGAACAUCCCUGGCUUGGGCCUUGGUUCAUUUUGCGACAGUUUUGCGACAGUCGUAUGUUGUUAAUCCGUUGCCUGGGUUAAAAAGUGACAGUAACUGAAAAAAAAUCUGUUUUUUUUAAGAAUACACAGAUUUAAUAAGUGAGACCUAAAGUGUGGGUUUUUGCUCUUGAGUUUUCUGUUGUACCAAAGUCUCGGGGUCCUAUGUGAUUUGAAAUUUAAAGCCGAUAUUGUUUUCCGUCCCUGUUCCCCUGUGCGUCUCAGCCCGUUUGUGUAGUAAGCGAACAGAGCACAGCUGUAGCGGCACCAUAGAUCUGCUUAGCGUUAGCCAGUCACUGCAAUGGCCUCCGACACUGGUAGCAACAUGGACAGAGAGAUGAUUCUGGCUGACUUUCAGGCUUGCACUGGGAUUGACAAUAUUGCAGAGGCAAUCACUCUUCUAGAACUGAACAACUGGGACUUGGUGGCAGCCAUUAACGGUGUGAUACCUCAAGAAAAUGGCAUCUUGCAAAGCAAUUUCAGCAGUGAGGGCUCUCAGACAAGCCCGAUAGGAGCUGACGGCCAGUCAGCAGCAACGGAACCUUCAGCCAUGUCGUCCCCAUCCUCACCGCCGUCAUCUUCUUCCUCUGCUUUCUGCCCUGUUCUUCCCUCCCGGCAAAUUGUAGAGCGACAGCCACGCAUGAUCAACUUCCGCGUAGAGUACCGCACACGCUCUGUAGAUGUGGUAUUAGAGGAUACUUCCACAGUGGGAGAAAUCAAAACCUUUUUGGAGACAGAGCUUCAGGUUCCUGUGUCUAAAAUGCAGUUGAAAGGUUGGAAGAGUGCAGAUGUGUCAGACAGUACGGUACUGAGGACUUUACACCUGCCCAAGAACAACAGCCUCUAUGUAUUGACCCCAGACAUCGCUCCCUCUGCCAGCAGCAGCCAGAGCGGUGUCCAGCAGGAGUCGUUAAAUCAGAACUACCUGCUGAUCGUCAGCCACCGGGAAGCACAGAGGGAGUACAACCUCAAUUUCCCUGGCAGCAGAACCAUCCAGGAGGUUAAGAGGAACAUCUCUGAUUUGACGAACAUCCCAGUACGACAUCAGCAGUGGGAUGGCUGGCCUGCUUCAGCCAUAGACGACUCGAUGACGUUGGCCUCUUCUGGGAUCAGCUACCCAUGUCAUCAGCUAAGUGUGUGCAGGAGAUCCUCACCAGCCACUACUAUGGAACCAACUGAGGAGCAGUGCACAGAUGUCCAUAUGGUCAGCGACAGUGAAGGAGACGACUUUGAGGACGCUCCUGAAUUUGGAGUAGAUGAGUCUGAAAUCUUCGGCAUGGGAAGCUCGAGUUGUCGAAAGUCUCCAAUGAUGCCAGAGAACAGUGAAAACGAGGGCGAUGCUUUACUGCACUUUACCUCCGAGUUCUCAUCAAGAUAUGGAGAAUGCCAUCCAGUCUUCUUCAUUGGUUCCUUGGAGGCAUCAUCUCAAGAGGCCUUUUAUGGCAAAGCCAGAGAUAGAAAGCUGUUGGCCAUCUACCUCCACAAUGAUGAAAGUGUUCUCAGCAAUGUCUUCUGCUCCCAAAUGAUGUGUGCAGAGUCCAUAGUGUCAUAUCUGAGCCAGAAUUUCAUCACAUGGGCCUGGGAUGUCACUAAAGAAGCUAACAAAGCCAGACUACUCACUAUGUGCACGCGGCAUUUUGGAAGCGUUGUUGCACAGACCAUUAGGACAUACAAAAUCGACCAGUUCCCCCUGCUACUGAUAGUCAUGGGCAAAAGGACAUCAAAUGAAGUUUUAAACGUUAUUCAAGGGAACACUACAGUGGACGACCUGAUGAUGAGACUGAUGGGCGCAAUGGAGAUCUUCACAGCCCAGCAGCAGGAGGAUAUUCGAGAUGAGGAUGAGCGCGAAGCAAGAGAACUGGUGAAGCGAGAGCAGGACGAAGCAUAUCGCUUGUCAUUAGAGGCUGAUCGUAAAAAGAGAGAAGCACAAGAGCGAGAAGAGGCAGAACAAGUACGUCAAGAACAAAUCAGGAAAGAGCAGGAGGAAGAACGGGAGGCCAUUCGUCUUUCACUGGAGCAGACCUUGCCACCCGAGCCCAAGGAGGAAACGGGAGAACCAAUCAGUAAACUGCGAGUCCGGACACCCAGCGGAGAGUUCCUGGAGAGGCGUUUCCUGGGCAGUUGCAAGCUCCAGGUCCUUUUCGACUUUGUGGCUUCCAAAGGCUACCCUUCAGACGAGUUUAAACUGCUUACCACUUUCCCUCGUAGAAACAUAACUCAGCUAGACCCGGCAUGGACGUUGUUGGAAGCCAAACUCUUCCCUCAAGAGACCCUCUUUCUGGAGGCCAAAGAGUAGGACUGGACAAAUCACACAAACAAUGAAGAACUUUCGCAUGGUGUCCACAGAGAACAGCCACACGCAAACACACUCACAGUACAUUGUACAUGAAUAAUGAGUGUUUAUGAUUCACACUGAAGCUUUCACAAGCACAGAGAUACUGACACUCACUCACACACUCAGAACUGUCAUGUUUUUCUCCACCUUCUGAAAAGGUGAAAAUAAAAAGAAACAAAAAAAUUAAAAAACAUACAGUCGUGGAGAUUCGGACCGGCAUCACAGGUGAGGAAGAUCCUCUAUGGCUGCUUUUUAGACCUGUUUUGUGCAAGCAAAAAAGUAAGUAAAUAAAUAAAUAAAUGAAUAAAUAAAUA